AUGAUCCUUCCUUCUCCCUACCAACUAUGUCAUCCUUUACCGAGGCUCACCACCACCACCACCACCACCACCACCAAGAUCACCACUGUUAUCAACACGAGGCUGGAAGGAUGGAUGCUAAACAGUAUUACAGCCAAAUAUCCUACUACAGGGAUAGUCAACAACGAUACGAUCUACUGCCUGAUCAAGGCAAAAAUCAAACGACGAAAGUGA